UUAAGGCGCCAUGAGGUAAGUGGGUCGAAGCGGUCGAAAGGUUUCACGUAUUCGACGGAAAACUUUGUGAACGUGGGCCGAAAGAAGUCGGAGUAUCAGAAAGGGCCAUGUAUCCGGGGGUGGCCAAAAACCUGAGAACUCCUGGUCUAGGAUAGUGGGAGAGAUGGAGGCCGGUAGAGGCGGGGAAACUUGGGCCCGGGAUGGGGUUCGGGCCCAGGAGUGGGGAGGCGGGUUCGACACCUCUGUCUCUGAAGGGUUGCGAUGAGGGGGGUGUCCUCAAGCCCCUGGAGGAACUCUCCACCUUUCACCUCCCCCGUCAUCCGGGCUGAGAAUGCUGGAGCGAGCCGCAUUCAUCCUCAGUGCGAAGGCCUUGACAUAUAGGACACGCCCGAUAAAUGUGGGUGACAGAGGCCGUGGUCGUGGUGGGCGCUUUGGUUCCAGAGGAGGCCCAGGAGGAGGGUUCAGGCCCUUUGUACCACAUAUCCCAUUUGACUUCUAUUUGUGUGAAAUGGCCUUUCCCCGGGUCAAGCCAGCACCUGAUGAAACUUCCUUCAGUGAGGCCUUGCUGAAGAGGAAUCAGGACCUGGCUCCCAAUUCUGCUGAACAGGCGUCUAUCCUUUCUCUGGUGACAAAAAUAAACAAUGUGAUUGAUAAUCUGAUUGUGGCUCCAGGGACAUUUGAAGUGCAAAUUGAAGAAGUUCGACAGGUGGGAUCCUAUAAAAAGGGGACAAUGACUACAGGACACAAUGUGGCUGACCUGGUGGUGAUACUCAAGAUUCUGCCAACGUUGGAAGCUGUUGCUGCCCUGGGGAACAAAGUCGUGGAAAGCCUAAGAGCACAGGAUCCUUCUGAAGUUUUAACCAUGCUGACCAACGAAACUGGCUUUGAAAUCAGUUCUUCUGAUGCUACAGUGAAGAUUCUCAUUACAACAGUGCCACCCAAUCUUCGAAAACUGGAUCCAGAACUCCAUUUGGAUAUCAAAGUAUUGCAGAGUGCCUUAGCAGCCAUCCGACAUGCCCGCUGGUUCGAGGAAAAUGCUUCUCAGUCCACAGUUAAAGUUCUCAUCAGACUACUGAAGGACUUGAGGAUUCGUUUUCCUGGCUUUGAGCCCCUCACACCCUGGAUCCUUGACCUACUAGGCCAUUAUGCUGUGAUGAACAACCCCACCAGACAGCCUUUGGCCCUCAACGUUGCAUACAGGCGCUGCUUGCAGAUUCUGGCUGCAGGACUGUUCCUGCCAGGUUCAGUGGGUAUCACUGACCCCUGUGAGAGUGGCAACUUCAGAGUACACACAGUCAUGACCCUAGAACAGCAGGACAUGGUCUGCUAUACAGCUCAGACUCUCGUCCGAAUCCUCUCACAUGGUGGCUUUAGGAAGAUCCUUGGCCAGGAGGGUGAUGCCAGCUAUCUUGCUUCUGAAAUAUCUACCUGGGAUGGAGUGAUAGUAACACCUUCAGAAAAGGCUUAUGAGAAGCCACCAGAGAAGAAGGAAGGAGAGGAAGAAGAGGAGAAUACAGAAGAACCACCUCAAGGAGAGGAAGAAGAAAGCAUGGAAACUCAGGAGUGACAUUCCCUUCACUCCUUUUCCUACCCAAGGGGGAAGACUGGAGCCUAAGCUGCCUGCUACUGGGCUUUACAUGGUGACAGACAUUUCCGUGGGAUAGGGAAGAUAGCAGGAAGAAAAGUAAACUCCAUAGAAGUGUCAUUCCACUGGGUUUUGGUAUUGGCUUAGCUGCCAGUCUCCCAUUUGUGACCUAUGCCAUCCAUCUAUAAUGGAGGAUACCAACAUUUCUUCCUAAUAUUCUAUAAUCUCCAACUCCUGAAAACCCCUCUCUCAACUAAUACUUUGCUGUUGAAAUGUUGUGAAAUGUUAAGUGUCUGGAAAUUUUUUUUUCUAAGAAAAACUAUUAAAGUACUUCCUAGUAGGGC